UUUAUUAAAGCCCAACUACCUAGUGGCCGAGGGCCAGAUUUGUUCUCUUCACUUGUUUUUCCCCCAAAGCUGUAACAAGAAUCGGAUCUUUGACCAAAAUUUAUAUUUGAAACUCAAAUUUCACAGUUGAUAGAGAGAGUGCGCUAAGAUGAAGCUACUUGGAUGGUGGUUGAUGCUGGUGGGUUCACUUCGUUUAGCAUCUGUAUGGUUCGGAUUCUUCGACAUUUGGGCUCUUCGCCUUGCCGUUUUCUCUCAAGCCACAAUGACUGAAGUUCAUGGACGGACAUUUGGAGUUUGGACUUUGUUGACUUGCACUCUAUGCUUUCUCUGUGCAUUCAACCUUGACAACAAGCCUCUGUAUUUGGCAACCUUUUUAUCCUUCAUCUAUGCUUUUGGCCAUUUCUUGACCGAGUACCUCAUUUACCACACUAUGGCUAUUGGAAAUCUGUCAACUGUUAGCAUUUUUGCUGGCACAUCCAUAAUAUGGAUGAUGUUCCAGUGGAAUUCACAUCAAACAGUCAAAAGUAAACAGUCAUAAAAGUGAACUGGAGCAUUGGCGACUGAUAUUCUUCCUUGAAGCAGAAGAGUGCAUCACUUUUCUUGCAAUCCUUUUGGUUUCUUGCUUCCAAUUGUACAAUGGUGCAUCAGUAAGCACUUACUAAUUUAGCUUAUAAAGAAUCUCAUUGUCUUGGAUUCAAGUUAACAACAUCAGCAUAUGA